UCUUUGUACAUUAUAGUCAAAUCAGCGUCCUAUUAAUUGUUUAUUUUUAAAUAGAUGUAAUUAUUAAUCUAAUAAUUAUUGAUUAUCAUAAACUUAUAAAUAAAUAAUUUAGUUUUUACACUUUUAAUAAGUAAUAUUAAUUGUACAUUUUACAUUCGUUACAUUUUCAUCAUAGUCGUCUGGCCGUCACCAUGGAGAGUGCCUAUUGUAAAAAAAUAUUUUAUAAUUCGAUAUCGUUGUUAUCUCAGUGAAAUGCUUUUUAUUAAAAUAUUAAUUGUAUUGUGUUAGUUAUUUUAAACACAAUAUGAUCUUGCUCUAUUGCUACUUUUAGAGAUUCCCAUAAUAAAAGGGGAAAUUAUUUUGUUAACUUAUUGUUUUAUUAACAUUUCAGAAUGAAUGGAGGAAUGGAGCAUAAAACCCCAGGUCAUAAUGCUGUGCUUCACAAAGCGCCUAAAAACUAUAAAUUGCUAAUAGAUCCACUCCUUGUUAAAGGAGCUACGAAGUUAUACAGAUAUGAUGGUUGUGUACCUGGAGAUCCAUCAUAUCCACCUGUACAUUGUAGAGAUCCAAGGUCUCAAUUAUCCAGAAUAUGGAAUAAGAUAGAACCAGCAGAUUUACCUGUCCCUAGGUUUCGGAUUGACAAGAAUUAUGUUGGAAUUCCACCACAAUUAGAAGUAACGAUUGCAAAUUUAAAUGACAACAUUGAUAAAGCAUUUUUAUCAGAUAUGAUAAACAAAGUUGGACCAUAUGAGGAGCUGACAAUAUUUUAUCAUCCCCUAACAAAUCGACAUUUAGGGCUUGCACGAGUAGUCUUCCAAGAUGUGAAACAUUCAAAGAUAUGUAUUGAAAAAUAUAAUGGCAAAUCUGUCAUGGGCCAGGUGCUGGAAUUACUCCAUGAUCCAUUUGGUAAAAAAUGCCAAGAGAUGUUUGACGAUAAAACUAUGGAGAGGAAGCCUCAGCCAGCUGUGUCGACUGUUAAGGCCCCAGUUUUAGUUGAAGACACUCGGGCUACAAAAUUAGAUCCAGCACUUAGUAAAAGAUUAGAGGAAACGAAGUUGUCUGACAAGGAAUCCUAUCCCCGUUACAAGGACGCAGAACACAACGACAGUAACACGCGGUGGUCAGACGAAGAGCGCGAGUACAGACACCGGCAUCGAAACCGCAGCGAGCGCAGCGACAGGGAGAGAGACACAGACAGAGACAGGGACAGGGAUAGAGAUCGGCGGGAGAGGGAGCGGUACGCACGCAGCGCCGCGGCGAGCGAGGCGCUGGCGGCGGGCGCGCACGUCGCAGAGCUGCCCUUCGCGCCCGCGCAGCUUCCCUACGACCCCUACUACCAGCCCUCGCCUUACAACUACGGGUACGGCGGCGGCGCCGGCGCCGGCAUGUGGUGGGGCGACUGGAGGCAGCCGCCGCACACCUCACACCACCACGCUCACUCGGAGUCGUCACGCGGCGCGGCGUGGAGCGCGCGCGAGCCGCCGCCCUCCCCCCGCGAGGGGCGCACGCCGCUCGCCACCCCCGCGCCCUCCGCACACACGCCCGCCCCGCCGCACACGCCCCUCCCGCCACACACGCCCACAUCGCUACACACGCACAACGACAAGGAGGUGAAAAGCAAAAGCGAGGAGCCGACGCCGCCGCAGGAUGUGACCGCACCGCUAGAGCCCGAGCCGAAGCCGCCGCCUCCGGCCGAAGAACCGAAAAAUGUGGACCUCGACACUAGGAUCGCUAUGCUCCUGAAAGGUGCCAGUGGUGGCGGCGGGAUGGCCCCACCCUUCCUUUCCCUCGGCAUCUCUUCGGAGGAGGAGGACGACGACCGCUUGCCCGCGAAAAUACCAGACUUGGACGCUCAUAACCCUCCUUCGGAUGAUGAAGGCUCAGGCAGCGAGGACAGGGAGAGCAUAAUCUCCAUCAGUCAGAAGGUGGAAGUGAACCCCGAGCCGCUGUCCAACACACCGUCACCGUAUCUCAGCAGAGAGUUCUAUCUCGAAUGCCUCCAAUCUACCAUAGAAAGGAGGGCGAAGGAGGAGGAGCGCCGGAAGUUCCCGCAGAUAGACAAGAUCGGGUCCGACAUCUCGUCGUCCGAGGACGAGCUGCUGACCUCGGGGGAGCCGCGCCGCUCGCCCGCCGCGCCGCCGGACAAGGACCAGGACAAUCUCGACGAUGAUCAGAUGUCGCUGUCGUCGUUGUCGUCGACGGAGGCGAAGAUCGAGGAGCAAGUCCCCGCGGAGGCGUACUACCCGUACCCGCCCGCGCCGCACCCGCACUACUUCCAGUCCGUGUGGCCCAAUACUGCGUUCCCUGCAGCGUACCCCGCGGCGUACCCCGUGCCGGACAUGUCGCUGUCGUACGCGGGGGCAGCCUUCCCGCCGCCCUUCCUGCCGCACCAGUACCCGCCCGUGCAGCACACCGACCGACAGGAAUUAGACAACCCGUAUUUCUCCACAAUAAACAGCGUCAUAGAUCGCGUCACUACCGAGUUAAAGCAGAUCCUCAAGAAGGAUUUCAACAAGAAGAUGAUAGAAAGUACAGCGUUCAAGAACUUUGAAGUGUGGUGGGACGAGCAGAGUAGGAAGACGAGACAAAAAUCCGUUAAAGAAGAUAUCACUCAACCACUUCAAGAUAUUUCCAAUAAGAAAGAGGAGAGUGUGGAUUCAAUAAAGUCCAUAAUGGAGUCUCGAGAGUUGGGCUUGGACCUGGGCGGGUACAGCGUGGGCAUCGGCCUAGGGCUCCGCGCCACCAUACCGAAGAUGCCCAGUUUUCGGAAGAAGAGAAAAAUUCCCUCUCCGGUCGUCAUGGAUGAAGACUCCUCUAAACGACUCAGUGACCAGGAGGAAAUUGUUCAGAACUCUGACGAAGAAAAGGAAGUACCCAGCAGUCCGAGGAAUAGAACUACGGGAUCGUAUUUGUCUACCGUCAGAAGACGCCAGUCCAGCAGCUCUUCUAGAUCGUCGUCGUCAUCAUCGUCGCGCUCGUCGUGGUCGGGGUCAGAGCGCUCGUUGCGCAAAGGCGCCGCGCCUCGGAUAUACUCCGACACCGACGACUCGGAGCCCGAGCUCGACGAGGCUCAGUUCAAGAUGGUAUCGAACAAAGAGAGGCUAAGGAGGGUGUACUCUUCGUCAUCUGACAGUGAAGAAGAGCAGAGGAGAAGAGAAAAAACUCCAAUACCUCCCGUGGAAGCGUCCGACGACCGGUUGGGUUCACCGAUCCUGUCCCCGGAGGAAGACUUGCCGCGGGACACUCUACUUGAUCGCGUCUAUUCCGACUCUGAAGAAGAGAGGGAGUACCAGGAAAGAAGAAGACGAAACACGGAAUACAUGGAGCAAAUUGAGCGCGAGUUCCUUGAAGAGCAGAGGAAGACUAUGGAGGUGGACGAUGGACCACCGCCUGAAAAGCCGCCUGACACAAGCUUACCAGAGAAGACGAAAGAAGAAGAAUCUAGAAGGAGUCCUAUCAAGAAUCAUUUGAAAUCGCCAGAGAAGAGUAAACCGGACGAUGUAGAGGAAGGGGAGAUCACAUCAGACGAGGAGACUUCACAAGAGAAGAAGAAAGAGAAUGAGAAGCCGGACGACAAGAGAGAGAGAUUGCCGUCCCUCAGUGACACGGAGUCUGCGCCCAGUGUUAACGGUAUCAAGGAGGCAUUGUCGGAUUCGUCGUCGCCACAAUCGCAGGCGUCGCAAGCAUCGCAGGCGUCGCAGGUGGCGCUGGACCACUCGUACUGCCGCCCGCCGCCGCGCGCGCACACUGCCAACCACCUGCAACACGACCAUGGCUACACAUGGAUGGCAGAGCCCGAGAGAGGCAUACAGUCUCCGCGGGUCGAACCUGAUCAGCUUAAGAAGAAAGAAACAAAGAAACCAUAUAAGAGAAAACAUGAAGUCAAAAAGUUGGCGGAGAUACAGAAUAAACUGUUCCCGCCGCAGCGCGACUACGGCUCGCUGCACGCGCGCGUGUCGUUCAAGCCGCGCGACAUGAUGGCGGAGCUGCAAGUGCUGUACGAGUUCCUGACGCGCGGCGUGGACCGCGAGGACGUGCAGCACCUGCGGCGCGCGUACGAGGCGCUGCUGGCGGGCGACGCACAGGGCUACUGGCUCAACGACACGCACUGGGUGGACCACCCGCCCACCGACCUCACCUACUCGCCGCCGCGCAAGAAGUCCAAGCGACACACCAACAUCUACGAGGACUUGCAGGGUCACUCGAGCGGCUCGGCGCGCACGGAGGGCUACUACAAGAUGGACGCGCGGCUCAAGGCCAAGUACAAGUACCACCACGGGCGCGCCGCCGCGCUGGCCGCCGCCGCGCCGCCCGACGACAAGAAGGCCUCCAAGAUGCAGCUGCUGUCCCGCGAGGCGCGCUCCAACCAGCGCCGCCUGCUCACCGCCUUCGGAUUGGAUACUGACUCGGAUCUUCUGAAAUUCAAUCAACUCAAGUUCAGAAAGAAGCAGCUGAAGUUCGCCAAAUCUGGAAUCCACGAUUGGGGACUCUUUGCUCAGGAGCCGAUAGCGGCGGACGAGAUGGUGAUCGAGUACGUGGGGCAGAUGGUGCGGCCGAUCGUGGCGGACGUGCGCGAGGCGCAGUACGAGGCCACGGGCAUCGGCUCCUCCUACCUGUUCCGCAUCGACCUCGACACCAUCAUCGACGCCACCAAGUGCGGCAACCUGGCGCGCUUCAUCAACCACAGCUGCAAUCCGAACUGCUACGCGAAGAUCAUAACGAUAGAGUCGCAGAAGAAGAUCGUGAUAUACUCGAAGCAGCCGAUCGGCGUGGACGAGGAGAUCACGUACGACUACAAGUUCCCGCUCGAGGACGAGAAGAUCCCGUGCCUGUGCGGCGCGCAGCAGUGCCGCGGCUUCCUCAACUAACUCCGUCGCUGCCUCAGCGUUGCCUCAUCGCUGCCCCAACGUUGUCUCAACGUUGCCUCAUCGCUGCCCCAACGUUGUCUCAACGGUGCCUCAUCGCUGCCCCAACGUUGUCUCAACGGUGCCUCAUCGCUGCCCCAACGUUGUCUCAACGUUGCCUCAUCGCUGCCCCAUCGCUACUUCAUCGCUGCUCACACAUACAAAUCUUAAUACCGGUACAUUAGUCCAGUGGUUUGCCUAUGUGAUGUUGGGUUAGAUUAGCUGGAUGCUGGAAAUACUGAAGUAUUUUUUUUUCUUCCCAGAAAUUAUUAUCAAUAAAUAAUCUCUAGUAAAGGGAAAUUGGUGGAGUCCAACUGUGACAUCACACAACAAGCAACUAAUAGUUCCAUUACAGAAUCAAAACAUUACUACCGUAAGCCCACUGACUCGCAUUGGAACGGCAUUGUGGGUCCAUACCCCCUUUUCUAUAAAGAAGAAGUAAGGUAGAUUAAUAAGCUGAUAAUGAUGAUGAAUAUACACAAAAUUGAUUAAAAACGUAAUCCCUGUAACCAACUGUUUUGUACUCUGAGUAACAUUCAAUUCAAUUAACCAUGAUAGCCCUCUGGAUGUAACCUAUGGCUCCGAUUCCGGAGGGCGUAGGUUUGAAUCCAGUCUGGGGCAUGCACCUCUAACUUUUCAGUUGUGUGCAUUUUGAGAAAUUAAGUAUCACGUGUCUCAAACGGUGAAGGAAAACAUUACGAGGAAACCUGCAUACCAGAGAAAUUGCUUAAUUCUCUGUGUGUGUGAAGUCUGCCAAACCGCAUAGGGCCAGUGUGGUAGACUAUUGGCCUAACCCCUCCCAGUCUGAGAGGAGACUCGAGCUCAGCAGUGAACCGAAUAUGAGUCACUCUAAAUACAUAUAUCCAUCUGCGACACUGGUCUCCGUGAUUUGUAUUCAGAUGUAUGUAGAUAAAUUAACUUACGGAGAUCUGUUUAUUUUUCUGGUACCUUACAAAUCAAUGAUUUUUUUUGUUCAUCUUCAUCAAGCUGAAUAAUAUUAAUGAUAUUACGAGAACUGAAACUGCGUAAACGUUAUAAACCAUAUUACAUAUUGCUUAUUAUAUUUAGUAACUAGCGGACGCUCGCGACUUCGUUCGCUCUUAACCUCUUUAAUCCAGCCCUUACAGUAGUAUCGCUGUAAAAAUGAAGUAACUUCUUCCGUUUUUCCAACAUUUCCCUUCACUGAUCUGCUUCUAUUGAUCGCAGCGUGUUGAAAAGUAUACUAUAACCUGCCCAGAAGUAUGAAGAAUAAUUGUACCAAGUUUCGUUAAAAUCCGUCGAGUAGUUUUCGUUUCUAUAACGAACAUACAGACAGACAGACUGUUUUUUACUCACUAAUCACCUGAUAGUUUUUUUUUGAUUGACCUCUACAGAUUUAUUAUAAGUAUAGAUGGUUCUUGUGUUUCAUAGUCGAAGGUUUGGAAACCUUUGUUUGGUCUUCCUAUGUAGGUAAUCAAAUAAAUAUACAAAUAAUUACACAACUCCGAAAAAUUUUCUUCUAAGAAUUUAACCCUUGAAUUGGCACCUUGUUGGUGUUACACCCCCGUGCCUCAGUGAGCACUUUAAGGCGUCGGUUCCGAUAAUUAUCAUUAAUCUGAUAGUGGUGGUUAUUAUCACCGCCAAAUCGUAUUGAAGCAGCGUGGUGGAUCUAAGCUCCAUAUCCCUCUCCUGUAAGAAGGGAGGUCUGGCCCUGUGGUGGGCUGUUGAAAUAGGCUGAUAAUGAUAAUGACACAACUCUGAAAUCUGUUUCUGUCAUCAUACAUUGUAUUAAACUUUACUUUGAUAUUGAUCGCAAUCUCAAUUACAUGAAAUCAAUUGGAGUAUUUUGCUUUAAAUGAUGAAUCGACUAAACUGUGAGCUAUCUUUAAUUUGUUGAAGUUUAAACAAAGCGCAUUUAACAUUAAGGAAAGCGCAAAUGACUGGCUCUAUUAGCCUCAUAAAUAAUAAUAAUGAACUGCCUCCAAUUUAAUUAUUAUCUAUAAUAAUAUAAUGUAAAAAUAUGAUUUGUGUGCUUGUGCGUGGUUCUAGUUUAUAUUAUAUUUAAUAAUGGAUCCAGUGAAUUAUUUGUAUGUAAUUAAAAUUAAAUGAUGAUCCUUGUAUUAUAUACGGUUUCGACUGAAUCUAAGAUAUGAAAUGUUAGGCAUAGAAUGUCGCGAUAAACAUACGCUCUAUAAUAUUUUGUUUGUACAUUAUUAUUGUGAAUAAAAAAGAUCUCUGCUAUUUGUCAGAUAAAUAAUAUAGUACAGGUCUCAAGUACAUUUCAUAUUAUGUUAUUUCUUGUAAAAAAAUCAUAAAUUUCACGUUUUAUUUGUUACACCAACAUAAUACAAAACAAAUCUAAAAUGACAUUAUAGCAAAUAAAUCAUAUGUAGCUAUGUCCUUCCAAAUGCACUUUUAUAUGUAAUGUAAAAUGUAUAAGUUUGUAAAUAAAAGAUUCCAA